AUGGUAAACCUGUUGCUGGUGCUGCCGCUGUUGCUCCUUGAGGCAGAGAUUCAUCCAUUAUUUCCCGUGCAAACGACCGCUGCACCAUUGUCUGGAGUUGACGAAGGAGCAACAACAGCAGGUGUUGCUGCUUCCGGUGCAGUUGCUGCAGCGAACCGCCCAGCCCGCGCAGUUACUCCAGCAGCGUCAGCAGCACAACCACCUGGUACAACAGCAACUACGUCUACAGCGGGGACAUAUAAAAACAUCUCCGCACCAGUGGUACAGGGAGAAGCAGCAACUGUUGCUGCAGCACCCCCUGCAGCUCUAGCAGCAGACCGAACGUCCCUGUCUGCCGCCGCACCUGCCGGUGCUGCAGAGCCCCAAGAUUCCCCGUACUCACGAACUAAAUGUAGCCAGCCGGCAGCAGCAGCUUAUGCUGCUGCAAAUGGUGCAGCAGCCGACGGCAUUAAGCAGCAGCUGCUGCACCUGGUACUGCUGCCCCCCGUAUCGCGACGCUUAGAGGAAAAACUGGAACAACUAAGUAGCAGAAGCAACGUCAAUACGACCAGCAUCAUUGCAACCAGCACGGGCCGCAGCACUAGCACCGCCGUCAAUAGCAACAGUUCGGAUGAGAAGAACACCAGCACUCAAGAAGGCGGCGACAGCAGUGCAGGUAGCAGCAGAAACAGCAGCAGUGGAAGCAGUAGAGACAUCGACACCAGUAGAAGCAGCAACAACAAUAACAGCGGCGGAAGCAGCAGCAACAACAACAGGGGAAGCAGCAACACAAACAAGAGCAGGGCCAGCAGCAGCAACAGCAGCAGCUGGGCAAGCGAGGCAGGUGAUGAUCUCAGCAGCAGCGAAAAGGAGGUGGUGAUGUCUGUGGGGCUGUUGUUGCUACUCCUAAUUGUUGCUGCAUGCCUGUUUAUUUCUCUUGCCGCCAAACGCAUGAAGCAGCUGGUGCUUCAAGUACCGCUGGUUGCAACCUUGCUUGGCUUGCUGCUGGGCGCGCUUCUGCAGCAGCACCACCAAUUGCAGCAGCAACGCAACAGCAGCAGCAGCCUCCGAAGUAUUUUAGCUCUAAAGGAAGAAGUGUUUUUUGUGUUGCUGCUCCCUCCGAUUGUCUUCCAGGGGGGCUUGGAGUUGGCGCAAAAUCCUUUUGGUUUUGUCUUCGCAGAAAACUUCGGCAGCGUUUUGUGGUUGGCUGUGGGGGCGACUGCCUGCAGCUGUCUGCUUAUAGGAACCCACAUGCUUGGGGCAGGUCUGCUGCUUCCUGGGGUCUCUCUCACUCCACGCCGCGCAUUUGCUGUAGGCGCUUUAAUAUCGUCUACUGAUCCGGUGGCUGUGCUGAGUGCCUUUAGAGAUUUGCAUGCGAAGCUGCUGAUACACGUGCUGGUGUUUGGGGAGAGUCUCCUUAACGACGCAGUAACGCUCGUCUUGUAUCGGGCUAUUGCAGAUGAAGAGGCGGAUCGAGGGUUUGCUGCGGCGGUGGCCUCCUUCAUCUUUACCUUCUUAGCAUCCACCGUUCUCGGAUUCCUUACGGGAGCUGUUGCUGCCCUGGUCUACAAACACAUCGACUGGGACGAAGAGGGUGUCGCGCUGGAGGUGGCGCUGCUGCUGCUCUUUCCGUGGCUGUCAUACCUCAUUGCAGAUGGCUGUGGGGGGAGCGGGAUCGUCUCCAUCUGCUUUUGCGGCAUCUCCAUGGGAAAGUAUGCAUUUGCGAAUCUGUCAGAAAAAGCUCAAACAGCAUCACGGGCUGUCUUUGGAGCCUUUGCUCUCUUAACCGAGUGUCUUGCAUUCGUCUUUCUGGGGCUGGCCCCCUUCUCCUUUGACUUGCUGCCCUUUGAAGAAGCCGGCCUCUUUCUUGCUGGAGGCCUCGCUGCUGUUGUUGCUGCGCGGGCCCUUAGUGUAUACUUGACCUGCUUUCUUAUGAACUUCUUUAGAGGCCACAAGCGCCUGUCGAUAAAAGAGCAGCACGCCAUUGCACUGUGUGGUCUUCGGGGAACUGUCGCCUUUGCGCUGGCGGAAAGGGCUCAUCAUGACUUUGGUGGGCGUGAGGGGAAGGCCAUCCUUACCUUCACGUUGGUCGUGGCGUUGGUGUCUGUGCUACUAAUCACGCCGGCGCUGUUGUUCGCCUUGCGGCCUUUGGGGAUAUUUUUGGACGAAUCGGAUGGGUCGAUCGAGGAGUCGCCAGCUAGGGAGCUUCCGUUGAACAACACCAACCUGAUAGGCAACGCUGGAACUGAUGUGAUGACGCAGCAACAGCAGCAGAAUGAUAUUACGAGCAGAGCUUGGUACUUGACGCCCUUCUUCGCGAGUCCCUGCCGGUCUCGCAGGCAGACAAGAGAUCGCAAUGAGGAGGUUGAGCUGCAGCACAUCGCAACAGAGGAUAAGGAGCAGCUGCAAGAACGCGAGCAGCUCCGGAGACGGGGCAAUGAGGUGUAUGUCAACCUUCCACACAAUACAGAAUGUACAGCCGUUGAUUUGGCUCCUGCAGCUGACCUCGUGGGAGGCGGCGAUUUGUUGCAGCAGCAGGCGGGUUUUUUAGAUCAGCGAGAGCAGACGCAGUGA